UACGGCUGCCGUCGCGCUUUGUGGCUUGGGAGAGAAGGGAGAUUUUGUUGUCUUUCUCAGGUAGCGGCGGUAAUGGCGACGUACGUGAGCGAGCUGGAGGCGGCCAAGAAGAGCCUCAGCGAGGCGCUGGGCGAGAAUGUGAAGCAGUACUGGGCCAAUUUGAAGCUCUGGUUCAAACAGAAGAUCAGUAAGGAGGAGUUUGACCUGGAAGCACGCAGGCUUCUCACGCAAGACAAUGUCCACUCUCACAACGAUUUCCUCCUGGCCAUUCUUACCCGAUGCCAGAUCUUGGUUUCUGCACCAGAAGGUGCUGGAACUCUGCCGUGGCCGGGUGGCUCUGCAACUAAACCUGGAAAACCCAAAGGAAAGAAAAAGAUAUCUUCUGUUCGACAAAAGUUUGAUCACCGGUUCCAGCCUCAGAAUCCGCUCUCUGGAGCCCAGCAAUUUGUGGCAAAGGAUCCUCAAGAAGAUGAUGAUUUGAAGCUGUGUUCUCAUACCAUGAUGCUUCCUACACGUGGCCAGUUAGAAGGAAGGAUGAUCGUAACAGCUUAUGAGCAUGGGCUAGACAAUGUUACAGAGGAGGCAGUGACGGCAGUUGUUUAUGCUGUGGAGAACCAUCUUAAGGAUAUUCUGACAUCUGUGAUAUCCCGGCGGAAAGCCUAUCGUCUGAGAGAUGGUCAUUUUAAAUAUGCCUUUGGAAGCAAUAUUAACCCUCAGCCAUAUCUGAAGAACAGUGUUGUUGCUUAUAACAAUUUAAUUGAGUGCCCUCCAACUUGUGCGGCGCCUUCUGCUGGUCAGAGUCUAGCUCCACAGCCCCCGCCCGAUGAUGCUGAGCAGCAGGCAGCACUACUCCUGGCAUGCUCUGGAGACACCUUACCAGCAUCUCUCCCACCAGUGAACAUGUAUGACCUUUUUGAGGCACUGCAGGUGCACAAAGAAGUAAUUCCUGCGCACACUGUCUAUGCUCUAAACAUUGAGAGAAUUGUCAUGAAGCUCUGGCAUCCAAACCACGAGGAGCUGCAGCAGGAUAAAAUCCAUCGCGAGCGCCUGGCAGCAAAGGAGGGCCUUCUACUCUGCUAGAGCUAGGAGCCAUGUCAGGCCUCAGAUGGCUGCAGUGCUGUUUCUUGACUUGACACUUGGAUGCUUCUUAACAACCUCUGUUAGCAUUUCAAGGAUGUUGUAAGUUAUGAGUCAGCUUUUCCUAUGGAAAUAUGACUGAGUUCCAGUACACUUUCUCUGCACCCCACAGUCAGGUGUCAUGGAGUGCAUGCAGCAAUCCCACUGAAUUGGGAAGGAGAAACAAGAGAUUUGUUUGCAAAGACUGGUUUGGGUUUUUUUUAUGUUUGGUUGGGGUUUUUGGUAUUUUUUUUUUUUUAAUAAAUGUGAGGAUGGAAAGAGUUGAUUUUAAAAGAAGGUGUAUUUGUGUUGUCUUUUGUGAGCAUGGAGGAUCUGCUUUCUCAUCUUCCCCUCUUGAGUAGUUUCCAUUCUGAGCAGGGACCUUGUCCAGCUUCUUUUGCAGUUAGUGGGAUCCUCUUCCAUUCAUUUAACUGGAACAGGGUGGGCUCUUCUGAAGAUGAGCAAUUCUGUAAGCUGACAUUGUUCCUCUUCUGCUAGGGAAACUUUCAGAAACUGAGAAAACAGAGCAAAAAGGGAAAGGUCCUUCCUAGCCUGUCAUUUGAACUGUUUUGCAUCACAAACCAUGAAUGUGCACACUGUCAUAGGAAUCUCUCUCCAGUUACCAAAAUGCACAAUAAAAUCAGGUUGUGAGUA